AUGGAGGUAUCAGGACGUACACAAUCCAACCAGGAAGAUGGAAAAGAAAAUAUUUUAUGCCAGCCGUGCCACGGUGACGGCGAUAAUGUACCGGCAGAGGGAUACUGUGAAACCUGUCAUGAAUAUUUUUGUUCGUCAUGUCUCAAAUUUCAUCGUAAACAGUCUGUAAGCAAGAAUCACGUGAUCAAAUCUAAAGAUAAAAUGCCGAGGGUCAAAAUUCAGACCGAUCCGUGUUCUGAGCUAUGUGCUUUCCACCACACCGAGAUAGUGAAAUUCUACUGUCAAGGACACAACUCAGUGGGAUGUGGUGACUGUAUGGUGUUGGAACAUAAAUCCUGCAAGGUUCAGUUAGUUUCUGAUGUAUCUGGUAACUAUGGUAACAGUGAUGAACUUCAACAAAUAAAGAGGAAGAUUGAAGAUCUCCGAAAAGAUAUAUCAGCCUCAAAACAUGAAAUAAAGCGAAGUUUGCAAGCUGUUGAAGAUGUAAAGAUCAAAAUUAUCAAAGAAAUAAAAUCCUAUCGUAGAGAAAUGAACAGUUACCUAGACCGUGUGGAAACAGAACUUAUACAAGAAGUAGAAAAGCUAAAUGCUAAUGAUGUUUCUCAACAAAGUCAGUUUCUAGAUGAAUGUAAAACCAUGGAAAACGAAAUCAGCGACUUUCAGGAUAAUCUAGACAAUCAUAUGGACAAGAUUAAUGAAUUGUUCGUAACAGCAAAGCUUGCACGGGUGAAAAUAGAGAAAUUUCAAAGGGACUUUAAAAAGGUUGCUUCAAGUAGUCAAAUACAUUUGUGCCAGUUUGAACCAUGCAAAGAACUGUAUUUGCUAAAACGAAACCAGACCCAACUAGGAAUCAUUACGACACAAACGCAGAAAUUUACUGCACAAAUCAAGAAAAGUAUAGUUGAUAUGAAGGCACAUUAUGUGAAGAAGCUCGAUGUAAAAACUACUGAUGACAGAUUUAAUUGUUGGAUUACAGGAUUAGCAAUGCUUUCUUCUGAUGAGCUUCUGCUUGUGGAUUAUCGAAAUGAUUCUCUGAAGAUAUUGAAUGUAAAAGACAAUACAGUCACAACAAGGUAUAAGACACCUGGUUACCCAUGGGAUGUAACAGUGAUAAAUUCUGAAACUGUUGCAGUCACCUUACGCAAUAAAGGGAAAGUCUUGUUUAUGAGCACCAAAAACGGACUGACUGAAAGUCACAGCCUGAAAGUUAGAACAGAGUGCAGAGGGAUUGAUCAUCGUAAUGGUGUCAUUGCAGUGUCUUUUGUCCGACCAGCUGCUGUCCAGAUACUGAACAUGAAAGGUGAUAUUCUACAUACAGUCAAAGAUACCAGCAUGUUUUUGUAUCCACCCUACAUAGCCUUCAGAGGUGAUAAGAGUAUUAUUGUGUCAGACUGUGAUAAACAUGCAGUGUAUGAGCUAACAAUAGAUGGGCAUCUAAAGGCAACGAUGACGAGUGAGAAUCUUAUAUCUCCAAGGGGACUGGCAGUGACCAGUGAUGGAACUGUUGUUGUAUGCGUUCAAGCUAAUAAUGGAAGAGUGAGCAUGAUAGUACCAGAUACAAGAGAAAUUCUGCCUCUCUUUGUACAGCAUGUCCAGAAACCACUUUCAAUUCUUGUUUGUGAAGGAGACAACAAACUGUUUGUAUGUGAAGACAGAGAUUCAGAUGAUAAUAAUUAUAUUAAAAUGUAUGAUCUAAAAUAA